AUGUUCGCCUUCACCAUUCGGCUUGCACUGUCGCUCGUCAACAUAACCAAGGAGACCCGACGGGCCAUCAACAGACGCCAAUUGGAGUAUGACCCGGAUUCUCCAUUUACAGCAGGGUCUAUAGAAUCAUUUGACCAGUCUCUGUCCAAGUCUCUUCAUACAAGCGAGGUCGAGAUCGGCACUCCAGAGCUGAUCAAUGCGAUCAUUCUUCCCAACUACUGCGAAGAUCUUCACACCCUUGAGACGACACUGAAGGUAUUGGCAAGCCAUCCCAGGGCAAAGUCGCAAUAUGACAUUUACCUCGCAAUGGAGCAAAAGGAGAAUGCCGCAAUCGACAAGGCUGCUCAACUGGUCUCAUUAUUUGAAAAGUCCUUCCUAAACAUCCAAACUACCUUCCAUCCUGCCGGUAUACGAGGGGAGAUUGCAGGGAAGAGCUCUAAUGUGGCAUUCGCGGCACGAAGGAUCGUCGAGGUCUACCGCACAGCUCUACAACUGGAGUCAUGCAAUGUGAUGGUCACUGUGAUGGAUGCUGAUACCCAUCUAUCCCGCGAUUACUUUACUGAAAUCCGCCGACUACACUACUCGCACAUCACCGAAGCAGACCGUUCAAUCUACUGCUGCCCAAUAAUCUUCGACCGCAACUCCCACGAAAGUCCAAUACUUGUUCGAUGUGCAGACCUGCUAUGGGGCUUCGCAGGAUUAUCCACCAUGUAUCCCUACACAGUAAUCGCCAUCCCAACAUCCGUCUACUCCCUCCCGCUAUCCCUAGUCGAAAAAGUCGGCGGCUGGGACAGCGACCCAACAGCGAUUGGCGAAGACCUCCACAUGCUCCUAAAAUGCUACUUCGAAACAGCCGGCAACCUAAUCUCGCGCGUGGUCCACAUCCCAGCAAGCCAAUGCAACGUCUCCAGCGACGCAGGACGCGGCUGGCGCCGAACAAUCGACACCUGCAUAGCCCGCUACCGCCAGGCCCUGCGACACAUGUGGGGAGCCUUAGACUCAGGAUUCGCUGCACGGCGGACAAUUGGAUAUCUACGCUUCAAUCAGCGCUGUCUAUUCCUGCGACCCCGACAUUUCGCCUUGCUCCACUUGCUCUGGGAAGCGCAUUUCAUGCCGUGCCAUCUUACCCUGCUUAUGUUAUUCUCUGUCUUUUAUACACUGUGGAACCCCGUUUCGUCGCUUCAUCCUACCCUGGCGUGGGUGUUUUCGUUUACUAAUACCCUGCGCACGCUUGGGUUUGUUGGGAUGAAUAUCUGUUUGGCGUUGUAUGAGCGCUGGCAUGCUCUUUGUUUGGAUAGCCGGGUGAAGGAUAUGCGUGAGGCUAAUUUGCCUGAUACAGGCUUCUCUCGACGUGUCUGGUAUCAGCCGCAAUGUCUCUUUGAGCGAGUUUGUUUUCCUAUUUCGGGUACUUUGUACGGUGCUGUGCCUACUAUUCAUGCUGUGUUCUCGCACUUCUGGACGGAUCGGUUGGUAUAUCGGGUCAGUAAGAAGCCAACGUUCAGUGAGGAGCUGGGGGUGCUGUGA